UUCCACUUAACAUCAGAGAAAAAUAAAUUAGAGAUGAGAGUUGUAAGAAGAAUAAGUAAUUCUACGGAUGCCAGUGAUUUUUUAAGAAAGUUAGAAGAACAAGAUAGGCGUGGCUUGAAGUAUGUAAUUCUUGACUGUGAACCAGAAGUCGCGAAGUCUAUUGUCAGUCUACAUAUUCAGGAUACGUACAUGAACAGACGAAAUUAUCAUUUCUUAAUAACGAGUCUGAUAAUUGAAGAUGACUGGAACGAUGCUUUGCUGCCGCAUGGAGCUGUCAACGCCACUGGAUUCCAAAUGCUUCAGGAGACUAGACCUGAAGUGAGGGAGUUCUUAACAGCUUGGAAGUCUCUUGAUCCUUUCAGAUGGCCUGGGGGAGGAACACAGCACAUUACGACUGAAGUUGCUUUAAUGUAUGAUGCCACCAAAGUGAUCCUUGAAACAUUCAAUCGACUUUUGAACAAAAGACCUGACAUCUUUCGCAACAACUUCCGAAGAGGAGAAGUUUACAACAAUGGGACUAAAGGUAUCAACUGUCAGCAGACGCCAGUAAUGCCUUGGGAGCAUGGAGAUCGAAUAACAAGAUUCAUGAAAAAGACAGAAAAAAUUGGAUUAACGGGAAAUAUUACCUUUGACGAUUUUGGAUGGAGAAAAAACUUCACUGUUAACAUAGUUGAAAUGUCAAUGAACAGUGAAAUGGUGAAAGUUGCACACUGGUCAGAUUCUGAUGGCCUUCAAUUAAUACCACCUAACUACCGAAGAAUACCUCAAAACACAGGAUUUGAAAAUAAGACGUACAUCGUGACAAGCAUUUUGGAAGAACCCUAUUUGAUGUACAAGAAAGCUGAGCCUGGUCAAAUAUUAGAAGGAAAUGAUAUGUUCGAAGGCUACUGUAAAGAUCUGGCCGAUCUUAUCGCAGAUAACUUGAAGUUCAGUUUUAUAAUCAAGCUAGUCAAUGAUUCAGCAUACGGAGGAAAAGACGCAAAUUCUUCUGUUGGAUGGAAUGGUAUGGUUGGGGAAUUAAUAAGAAAGGACGCAGAUAUGGCCAUCGCACCUUUAACAAUAACAUCCGCAAGAGAAAAUGUUAUAGAUUUUACGAAACCUUUUAUGUCAAUGGGAAUUAGUAUCAUGAUCAAGAAGCCUAUGAACAGAUUACCUGGGGUAUUUUCCUUCAUGAAUCCACUUUCAGAAGAAAUCUGGAUGUGCAUCAUUUUUGCUUAUGUUGGAGUAUCCGUUGUUCUAUUUCUUGUUAGUCGCUUCUCACCGCAUGAAUGGAGAUACGAAGAUAACUUCAUGGGACCUUCAGCCUCCAAUGAUUUCUCUUUGCACAACAGUCUUUGGUUUUCUUUAGGCGCCUUCAUGCAACAGGGUUGUGACAUUUGCCCCAGGUCUAUUGCCGGUCGCAUCGUUGGCAGCGUGUGGUGGUUUUUUACUCUUAUUAUCAUUUCAUCUUACACAGCAAAUUUGGCAGCGUUUUUGACAGUCGAAAGAAUGGUAACGCCUAUUAAUUCUGCUGAUGAUUUAGCUAAACAGACAGAGGUUGAAUAUGGAACACUCAUGCAUUCAUCGACACAAGAAUUUUUUAGGUUACAAAGUGGCAAGAUUCCAGUUUAUGCUCGUAUGUGGGAAUUCAUGAAUUCUAGAAAGCACGUGUUUGUUCGUACAUAUGAAGAAGGAAUACAAAGAGUGCGUGAAUCCAAAGGCAAAUAUGCAUUUCUAAUGGAAUCGACAAAAAACGAAUAUAUAAAUGAAAGAAAGCCUUGCGACACCAUGAAAGUGGGAAGAAAUUUAGAUGCCAAAGGAUAUGGAGUUGCUACACCAGUGGGAUCAAAUCUCAGGGACCGUCUCAAUCUGGCAGUUUUAACCAUGUUGGAAAACGGAGAUUUGGCUCGACUGGAAAAUAAAUGGUGGUAUGACAGGAGUGAAUGUAAAAAUGGAGAAUCUAAGGAAUCAUCUCAAAACGAGCUGACUCUAAGUAACGUUGCUGGCUGUUUCUACAUUCUAAUUGGAGGCUGUGGGUUAGCUCUCAUGGUUUCAUUUUUGGAGUUUUGCUACAAGUCCAAAAUGGAGGCUACGAGAUCUAAGAUGACGCUUUGUGAAGUGAUGAUGAAUAAAUUGCAUACAUCAGUGACAGGACAGUCACAUGCCAACCACGCCAGGCUCUACCAAGCUGCUACGCAAAUGAUUACUUCCGAAGGAAUAUCGGAUCAAGUAAGCUCUAAUACUCACACUCAAGUAUGAAGAAAACUUUUCAUGAUUUAAAAUUUCAUGAUCCCCAAGAAAGCGCUGAGUCAUCUACGCUUCAGUACGACAGACUUCCAAUCCGAAGCAUCGAGAAUGAGUUGAUGAAUCUGCACAUCUCUCAAAGAACAUCAUGCAAAAUGUUUAUCUAUUGAAAUUAAGCAUCCAGGAUGGAAGUUCGAAGAUUAAACUAUUACGUUGUUUGAGAAAUUUCCAAAGCACAGAAAUUCAAAUAAUUUUCGAAUUGGCUGACAAAUUCUGCAAAGAAAUGAUUGAAAGAUUUACGGAAAGAAAAACCUUUUGAAAUCGUAAAAUUUUAGGAGAGUAAAUAUUAUUGUGAUAUGCUUAAAAUAUUACAAUGUUAAAUAAAAUUCGAUAUAUAUAUAUAUAUAUACAUAACUGUGUAAGGAAAAAGGGCUUAAGAUAUUAUUUAUAUAUUGUAAUUUUACAUAUAAUAUUUUUUAUACGAAGUCUAAAAAAUUAUGCCGAGUUUAUGUAAUAUGCAACCAAACGGAUUUUCUAAUCAGCCUCUAUAAGUAAAUGCAAAACUAAUGAGUUUAGCAUUGCAUGUACUCAAUAUAAAUAAUUCUUACGAAGUAGAAGCAAUUCAAGCAUUAGAAUAAGCAUACGCAUUCAUUAGGCUGCUUAUCUAACGCAGUUUUUCUCGGUAAACCUGCAGAAAAUGUAUAAACAAUUUCGUUCAUAAAAUUUUUAACAUUAUUACAGUACUUGAUUUAAUAUCUUGAAAAUAUUAAAUUAUAAGGAAAAAAUUUGUUAGAUCAACAUUCUUACAUUUUUAUUUUUAUUAUGGAUUUAAAAAAAAUUGUAUUUUAUGUGAAUACUGACAUCCUAAAUUUUUACUUAUAAGUUAAAAGUUCCUCCUUGAAGCUCCCCAGCUCCCCAGAAAGAAGAAAAAAUAAUAAUACUUGGCAACAAUUAGUGCGAAAGAUCUAAUUCAAAUUUAUUGCUCAAAAAUAAAUAAAUGAUAAUGUGAACAGAUACCUCAGAUGCAAAUGAGCUUCCUUAUAAGCAGUCAAAAUAAAUGAAAUGGGAAGGAUUAGGAAAGUAGCGUGGUCGAGUGCAUUUAAUUAUUUACAGUAGGAUGCAUAGUACUCUUUUGGAGAGCAUGGUCUUAUUUGGUAAUGAAUAUAUCGGAUAUCCAGCUCUUGCACUGGUUGUAAUUCACAACUCUGUCUCUUUCACCAGCGAUCGACCAACGCAGGUAGUUCAGCUCAAAUCAGAAUUUCUGCAGUUUUCUUCAUGUCAGUGUGCAUCACUUCAAAUAUUCACAGCUCGUAGAACUGUGUGUAUCUUCUGCAUGCAAGAUAAAAUAUCAUUUCUUAAUCACUGCAAACAUAAACAUAAUUAAAAGUUUUCAAGCGUUUGAUAAUAUCUGAAAUGGUGUUAGAUCUAAUAAGUAAUUUCCAGUAAUUUAAAACAGUUAUAAGUUUUGUUUCACUUUUCAAAAAUAUCCUAUGGCUUUGCAACUUCAUUCAAGCAUUCUUUUAAAUGACCAUUAAUAAAUCUUAUUUGUGCGGAAUUAAUAUAGCAGUGCAUUUUAAAUUUGUGAAUUUAUACAUAAUUUAUUUGUCGUUUGAAUAAAUUACCUGCUGAAAUUUUUCUAUUUCCACAUCUUUGAAAGCUUUAUUGGCGAAAACAUAAAAAUUUGAUUAAAAAAUGGGAAAGGAGAGACAUUUGUAUCAAGAAGUUAGUACUAGUAUGCUUAUAAAACUGAAAAGAUAUGACGUGUUUCAGUACAUUGGGUGUCCUGUUGACUUCAUUUCGUUUUUGAUUGCUACUAAACUUAGGGAAUCGGUUCUACAAUGAGAAAGAUUGACGGCUAAUUUUUUAAAAUGUGUUUUAGCUUUAUUUAAACUUGUAUUUUCCAAUAUUUGAAAGGCAAGUUUUUCCCUGCUUUAUAUUUUUCUUCUUCGUUUAACUUGCGUUUUGAUCAGACUGUCAGAGCUGAUUAGAAUUUAUUUCAGAUUAUGUUAUUCAAAGUUUAAAUUUAAAACAGGGCUUAAUUUGAAGUUGUUGUUCAGGCAGUAAGUGUUGAUAUUUUUUAAAUAUGUUUGGAAUUUUUAACUGAUCGUAAGAGGGGUGCUUGAACUGUAUAGUAAAAAAAAAAGGUUUUUGUGAAAAUAUGUAUAUAUACUUGUAUAAAUUUAAUCUGGCACUAACUGAAAAAAGUUCUUAUUAGUUUUGUAUUGAAAACAUCCUAAUCCAUUCAAUAAUUCAGUUUAAAUCAAUAAUAUUACUGCCUACUUCUUUCUGUUUCCUACUUUCCUUCCUCUCCCCCUCCCGUAUAAUACUGCUAAAUUAGUUCAUUAUCUACUGCAUUCUUGAUGGAGAUGGAUGCCCUUGUUCACUUUUUAGCUGAGAUAUAAAGCUAUUUAAUGAAAAAUUCAUAGUGGCUCACAUUUGUUUUCGAACACAUGGGUUUCUUAAUUUUAAUUGCAAAUAUCAGUUACUGAGUAUUAUUUAAAUGAUUUCAUACUACUGUGAACAUAUACUACCGAUCACACAUACUACAUAUAUUACAGAUCAUGUCUUUUCAAAACUUGGUUGUUUUGAAAAAAAGUUAGUCAACACGAUUUUGGUAAAUAAUAACAAUAAUAAUAAUUGAUUCAACUAUUUUAAAAUGAACGCACAUAAAUAUUAGAACAUUAAAAAAUAGAAAAGUGAGACAUUUAGUAUUUCAUUCGAUAUACUUUAGCUAAAAUUACACUUUUUAUGUUUUUGGCGUGGAUUUCCCCCCCCCCCAUGUAAGAAUACUUCUUAGUAAAAAUUUCGAAGAAGAUGAUAUCUUCUUAUUCUUUCCUCCAACUCUCUCCAUAUAUAUUCGAUAUGAAUACGGAGGUGUUCUGAUAAACUCAGAUCAGUUAUAUGAUAACCAUGAGCAAAUAUUUAGGAUUGUAUGUUCAGGAUUGUUAUCUUGAUAAAAUCUGAAUCAAUUUUGUAUUCCAAGUUUUCUUGCAUAUGCAUUUCAAGUUUUCAUUAAGAACAUUUAUAUAUUUGUACCAAUCCGUGCUAUUGUGUAUAAAAAAAAAUAAUAUCCAUUCCAGAGGCAGCGAAGCAUCCCCAAACCUUUCUGCCUCCGCACCGUGCUUAAUUGUAAGCAACAGAUUCUAGGAUUCAGUUAUUAGUUCAAUUUUCGCCUCACAGUAGUUUGUCCAUCAGACCCAGUUGUAUAAAGUUUUGACUCGUCUGCAAAUAUAACAUUAUUCCAAUAUUACAAAUCUUUGCUUACUAUAGAUUUUGCAAACGUCACUCGUAUUUUCCUUGUUUUCGUGCUGAGUAAGAAUUUAAUUCUUGCUGAUCUUCCCUAUAAAAGUAGUAUCCAUGUGCUAUAAAGGCUGUUCAAAGUGUUUCAGAGUUAACUUUGAUAACAAAUCGUUCUUUUAAAUACGUUGAAAACGUUUUGGUCUUGUUUUAUUUUUUCUGGAAUAAAUCAGCGAUUGCUUGGUAAUAGCUUAGAACGUGAUCUAGACCUCAGCGCAUUUUUUUUUUUUUUUUUUUUUGGAUAUUUUGAAUACUUUUACCAUCUUUAAAGGAUACAUAAUUAAAUUUUUAACAGCACUUGUCAUUAAUGUGUGGUGUCUUGCCGUGGCCACUUCAAGUGUAUUAAUAUAUUUUGCUGAACAAGUAAUAACUUGCAAAUGCAGAUAAUAAUUCGUGUGAAAAGUGAUCGAAUUUGCCUAAUUUGUGAUUUGAAACAAAUUGUGACAAGAAACAUCGUUUUCCAAAUUCAUCUAAAUAAAAUUUUCGAGUAUCCGAAUUAUUAUGCGAGAUACUAUUUAACACUUUUUUAGAAAUUACUUUAUUACAAGGAAUAUUUUGAUGAUAUUAGUUUUGCAACAGGAAAUUUUUUAAAUACAGAAAAAAUAGUCUAUUAGAGAAAAAUUUUAAUUUAUGUUUAUUACAAGAUCUAUGCAAAUGCAUAUCAAACUACAGGUGCCCAAAAACAAAUAUGAAUCCUCAUAAUAGAGAUCAGGUUUGAGCUAUGUGUAUAAAAUUAUUUGAUACGCGAUCUGUUUUAGUAAUUUUACAUUUCAAAAUCUAGCGAAAUAAUAAUCAUAUUAAAUCAUAUAUUAAGUAUCAUUUCAAUAAUUAUUUCGGAAUGCAUUAGUCAUAAAUGAAAUCAUGAAUGUAAUCCUUUUUAUUUUUAAUUGUUACCUGCAAUAAUUUUAUGAGAUAUUUAUAAAGAUAUCCGUUUUCAAACAAGCACAAUGCAAUACUACGCGCAGUGUAUUAUUUAUUAACCAGCGAAAAACAAGUUUAAGCAGCAAAAGCUUUAAAAAAAUAAACCUUGUCAAUUUUUAGAAGUCUGCAAUUCUGAAACACCUUCAGUAUUUUAUACAUGGAUAAACUAAUUAUCGAUUCUUAAACUGAAUGUAUUCAUUGUGGCAAUUUCAUUUUGUCGAAUUGUGCAAAGCUCCACACUCAGUAUUUAUUGUCGUAUUGCAAUGAAAUAGGGAAUUUCUGAUACAUAUUUGUAAAAUAAAUAAAAACUUGGAAGCAUAUUUGGAAAGUGAGGAAAAUGUAUUUUUUAUACGAAAUAGUUUUAAACAAAUAUUUUUUAAAUGCACCAGAUGGCAGCACGAACAAAUAUAUGAACGCAAGUUUUCUCCUGCCGUAGUAAAAGCGGGUGAUUCUACUGAACUGAAGCUGAAAAAUUCCAGAUAGAAAACCAUCUGAGGUAAAUAAUUCAUUUUUUACCUACGUCACAACGCAUUUAACUGGGAUCUGGAUUUCUAAAUUAACAAAGCGUUAUAGCAAAGAAAAGUAAUGCAGUUUAAUAAGUCAGUAAAAUAUUACAGUAAAACGAAAUGCAAAAUCAAGCUAAUUUGAAUGUUUAAAUUAAUGAAAGUUGCAAAAUCAAACUAAUUUAAAUGUUUAAAUUAAUGAAAGUAUGUUUCCGUAUCUGCGGAUCCGCAUUCUUUAGCCUAAUUUUUCUUCAACUGAAUGUCAUCGUCUGUCUUUGUACUUGCGCAUUUGUCAUAUUUCUCACAAUGGCUAUAAAUACAGACACAAAAUUAUUGCCAUACAUCUUAGAGCUCAAUACACAAAUUACGUAUUUCAGUCUGAGUAACUUAACUUUCCUUGUAGUUCAAGUAAUUUUGUUCACAAAGUGACAAGUGAAUAUCCAAUCUCUCAAAUUCUGCCAAAUUCCUCAUAUUAUCAUUCCAAAACAAUUUUCAGUUAUUGCCAGACAAAAAUGUUUACAAUUGCGUAUACUAGCAUUUAUCAAAAAAUUUUAGACGUGUAACAUACGAAUACCUUUUAUGGUCACCCAAGUUUAUAAACCCAAAGCAUUGUUGUUUAGAGUUCCAACAUUUUCUGGGAAAUUUUCGUGCAAGUUGAACUGUGAAUUGUGAUUUUAAAUAGUUGAUUAAUUUCAAACUUCUUUGGCUUGAACGGAAUAUUUUAAUUUAAUUUUUAACAUACGCUUCUUUUAUUAAAUCAUCUAUUGCAUGUUUUAUAUAAUAAAUUGCUCGACAGUAUGUAUUUUAAAUAGUCGGCUAAAUGGCUCUUCGGAUGGGGAAAAAUAUUUUUUUAAAUUACUUGCUUUUUCUUUGCCAUAUUCAUCUUCUCGUAUUAGAGUAAGUACCCCGCUCAUAGAAUCACUUUACCAAGUCUGUAGUUUAUGCUGAUUUUAUAACUCUAGGUUUGACUGUAUAUUAUUUAUGUAAAACUAAUUUAAGUUUGUGAAUUGAAAUAAUUGAAUAAAACAUUCACAUUCACAAGUUUAAUAUUUUAUAUUAGUAAAUUAUAUCAUAUGUACAUAAUUAAACAUAAUCCAAUUUUGACAAGAGAAAAUAUAUGCAAAGCAUUCAAAAUGUAGAAAAUGUUCUUUGACCUAGUAAUAUGCUAUUCUGUUUUUUACAAAAAUAUCGUUCUCAAACCUCGAAAGGGUAAUUGAAAUACUUGGAUAUUUUUUUUUUUUUUGAAAUAAUUUAAGACGUUUUUCAAAUUAUAAUUAUAAUACGAUACUUUUAUAUUUUGAAUUACGUUUCUGAGCAACAAUUAUUUCAGCUUCUUCAUUAAAGGUGAAACUUUCCCCAAUUUAGCAUUGUUGGCUAUAUAUUAAAUGGUACAAUACAGCAUAAUCAAUAACAUUAUUUAUGACAAUUUAGCAAACAUAACGCUAUAAACGAAAUCAAGUGACAACAUCUGUGUUCAUCAUUUAUGUUAAUCAAACUCAAUUAAUAUUUAUAUGAAAGUAUAACUUUAAGUGUACACUCUUAGAUUUUAUUGUAACAUUUUUAAAUGCAAUCUUCAGCAAAGAAGGAUUUACACUUUUCAUAAUUUAUUAAUAUUCUCAAAUGCAUGUUUUUUUUUAUUUUUCUUCGUUUAAUAUAUGUAAAAGCGACGAAAUUUGGGUCAUGCCGCUAACCUGGAACAAAUAUAGGACUAACAGGAUAAAAUAAUCAAUGGCAACAUGUAAAUGGACGGUGAAAUUGCAAUUCAUUUACUGUACAAACAUAACUUACAUCUCUUCGCUUAAAACUUGCAGUGUUCAAAACUGGCUUCAAUGUGUAUGACAAGCACGUGCUAAAUAUCUGCAUUUUGCAUAUUCCUUCAAGUGCAAUACAAAAGAGUUGUUUAUUUUCUAUUAAUCAAACCUGCAUGAUCUGAAUCUGUGCAAGGUGCUUUGCAAAGUUUCUGUAAACCUUUAUAUGUACAUACAUAUUUACCAGUUAGAGCUACACAAAGUUAUUGUCUAUGAGCAUAUAGUAGAUUUCGUUGAGUUCAUCUUUUAUAUAAUGUGUGCAGAAGGCAUUUUCAUGUAAAGUAUUCUUUUAUUUUAAAUUUUAUCUUGUAUUUUAGGCUGCAGUGAAAUAUUUUGUAUUUUAUUCUCUCAUUUACUAUUUUCUCAAUUUACUGCUUUCACGCACUCAAUAAUUAUUGCAAUUGAGUGCUGCGAAGAUAAUAAUUCAUUGUACUGAAUUUUUAGAUGCUUUUCUUAUCACUGGACACAAUAAAAAUCACUCUGAAUUAUUUAA